CUAGUGAUCACUAAACUACACAGUAGUUGAUUACAAAGCUACACACUUCCUACCUGUAUGAUACGACCGAAUCAAGCAGAUCGUAUUUCCUGAAAUCCUGACCACACAAUGGCUAUGUUUAACGAUGGACGUCUUAAGAUUCUGGCUGUUCUUGCUGUAACCCUACAGGUCCUCGUCCACACCGAAGCCAAGGUGGCGGUGCUGUUCUCCGUGCCCCACCUGGCCAAUGUCCGCACCCACACCAACGUGGGGCGCGCCCUGGCGGAGAUGGGUCACGACGUGUACGUCUGCGUGCCCCAGUUCAUGCUGGACGGGAACCUGAUCAACGUGGACGGGGUCAAGGUCAUCGCGUACGGGGAUUACCUCGGGAAUAUCGAGGAGGAAGUUUUCUCCAAGGUCGCUGAAUUGUUUUGGCUGGGGCAGGAUCCCUCUGUAUUUUUCUUGUCCAAGUUGGUUCCAGAAAUGCAAGGUAUGGUACGGCGCUUCCUCUCUGAUCAGGAUCUUCUAACUCGACUGAAGUCUGUUCAACCUGACCUGUUUUUGAUAUCGAAAUUCCCGCCGUUUAUAAACAUCGUCAUCUUGCCCUACAUGCUGGGGGUUCCAUUUGCUUUCCUGACGCCGUUUUCUGAUCUCUCGGACGCAAGAGUACCUUUCAGCCCUUCUUCAACGGCUUGUCAGUUAUCCGACACCUUUUCCGAUCAAGGAAUGUCGUUUGUGGAUCGAUUUAAAACUGCAGUGUGCAAUUUAUUUUUGGCGCUGGUGCUACCGCAGCUGGGGGAUGGUGAUAUGGUGGCGGAGUUUGCGAGCAACAGACCGAAGGUAUCAGUGCAGGAGUUGAUUUUGAUGGCGGAGGUGUACCUCGUUGAAAACGACCACGUCAUGGACUUCGCUAAACCGGCGCUCCCCAACACGAUACGCAUCGGCGGCACCGCAGCAACUGAUGCCAGACCACUCAAAGAACCGUUUAAGAAAUUUCUCGACGGUUCCAAAAACGGCGUCGCGGUGGUGACCUUCGGCAGCACAGUCCUGAACAUCCCAGAGCCCGUGAUAAAGAAGAUGACGUCGGCGUUUCUAAAACAGAAGCUGGACGUGGUGUGGAGGGUCAACACGACCUCACCGAACGCGGACCGGAUGUUGACGUCGACGUGGGUACCGCAGAACGACAUCCUGGCCCACAAGAACACGAAGCUCUUCGUUUCCCAUUGCGGCGCGAACGGACAGUACGAAGCUCUUUACCACGGCGUGCCUAUGAUUUGCGUCCCUUUAUUCGGCGAUCAGUUUUACAACGCACAAAGGUCAAAGUCCAAAGGUUACGGCCUGACAGCGAAUAUCCUUGACAUCACUGAUCACGAACUUGCUGAUUUGAUGAAGGAAGUGUCGGAAAACGAAAAAUACCGCAGCAACAUCAAGAAGGCGUCCGCGCUGUACCGACUUCUGUACAAAUCUCCCGACAAAACAGCCGCGUUCUGGAUGGAUCACGUGAUGCAGUAUGGCGGCUCGUACAUGAAGUCUGCUGGUCAGCAAAUGCCCCUUUAUCAGUAUCUCUCCUUGGACGUACUGGCUGUUCUCUUCGCCAUCUUAGCUUUAGCCGUGCUGAUUGUGUUCAAGAUCUGUCGAUGCUGCUGUCGCGUGGCAAGAAAAUGUUUACCAACCUCCAAGAGAUCUCAAAAAAAGAAAAAGGAGUAAUA